AUGUCGAAGAGCUUGUUUCGCCAUGCCUACGAGAGAGCAGCGGGGUUACUAGAGCUGGGCAAGAAGGGCGCGAAGCCGACGGCGCGGGAGUUCCCGGUUCUUGAAGGCCACCCGGCGGGGCGACGGCAUGCGGAGCAGGCGAUGGAGACGUUCAAGACGAUCGAGGAGAAGAGGGAGGCGACGGUGAAGGAGUUUCGGAUUUAUCGGUGGAGCCCCGGCCGCCCUCACCGCAGACCCUACCUCCAGUCUUACUUCCUCGACUUGACCACCUGUGGUCCUAUGGUGUUGGAUGCACUUCAGAAGAUAAAAGCAGAGGACGACUCGACGCUGAGCUAUAGGAGGUCAUGCAGGGAAGGGAUAUGUGGGUCGUGCGCCAUGAACAUCGAUGGGACCAACACUGUGGCUUGUCUUAAGCCAAUUGAUGCAGACACUUCUGAGCCCACAACCAUCACUCCCCUCCCGCACAUGUUUGUUAUCAGGGACCUCGUUGUCGAUCUCACCAACUUCUAUCAGCAGUACAGGUCAAUUGAGCCAUGGCUUAAGACGAGACAUCCGCCUGAAGAUACGGAAUACCAGCAAAGUCCGGCAGAAAGAAAGAGAUUGGACGGGCUCUACGAAUGCAUAUUAUGCGCGUGCUGUAGCAGUUCGUGCCCGUCCUAUUGGUGGAAUCCAGAAGAGUUUUUGGGGCCAGCUGCACUUCUCCAUAGUUACAGAUGGAUAUCUGAUAGCCGUGACGAAUUCGCCGACGAGCGACUCCAGGCACUGACGGAGGACCAAAAGAGGCUGUACAGAUGCAGGACGACAAAGAACUGCACCAAGACCUGUCCGAAAAGCCUCGAUCCCGCCGAUGCUAUUCACAAGAUGAAGACCCGGCAUCUACUUUCGGUGCCGGUCGAGAAGGCCGAGAGUGGCUGA